UAAAAAUGCGACGAUGAAUUUUGUAUUUAUUUUUCAAAAACCAAAUAAGUCGUUUUUUAAAGCGACGAGUUGAAUACAUUAUCAAUAAAUAUCUGCUUAUUAAAACAAUUAUUUCAAUUCCAUUAUCCAUUCAAUAUACUUAUCCUCAACAAACUAGUCGUUUGAAGAAAAGCUGUCAUGUAUUCAAUCGAAGUCCAAAAAGCAACAUGUUCGAAUCGAACGGGAGUAAUGCGUCGCGCUACAUUCAAAAAUGAACUAAUUUCGAAUUUGUCUAAUAAUGAACUCAAGACGUGCUGGGAUAUUUUUUUAAUGGGAUGGGGUAAAAAUCCGGAUGGUAAUUGUUUAGGGCGACGAGUAAAAAAUGAAAACGGUGUUUUAGGGGAAUAUCAAUGGCUUACAUAUGACCAAGUGAAAAAGAACGCAUUAAAGUUUGGCUCAGCUGUUUUAGACCUACAAUUGGUUAAAGCGACGACAGCACCAGACGAAUUUUACCCUAAUGCUCGCACUAUGCGCUUUCUAUCUGUUUGCUCAACAAAUUGUAUGGAAUGUUUUAUAUGUGAACAAGCUGCAAACGCUUAUGGUUUGACACUUUUACCACUGUACGAUACAUUCGGAAUUGAAGCCUUACAGUAUAUUGUCAAUGAGGCUGAAAUAACCUCAACAUGCUGUAGCGCUAAAUGUAUUCCCACGUUACUAGCAGUAGCUGAGAAAUGUCCGUUGUUGACGACAUUUGUUGUUUUUGAUUCUAUUUCAACUGAACUCGAAGAAAAAAUUAAAAAGCAAAACAUUACUAUUCAUUCUUUCUCUACAUUAAUGUCUUGGGAAAACUUACGCACGGUGUCACCGGGUCAAUCCGGUGACAUUUCUACUUUAUGUUACACAUCUGGAAGUACAGGAAAGCCAAAGGGAGUCCUUCUAGCACAAUCAAAUUAUAUAGCAUUCGUUAGUAGUGUUUUAAGAGGUAUCAUUGAUUGUCCUGGAGGAUUUCAUGCAUCGUCUUCUGAUGUCCAUAUAUCCUACUUACCGUUAGCCCAUGUUUUUGAACGCAGUAUAUGUAGCCUUAUCAUAUCACUUGGUGCAAGCAUAGGAGUGUAUUCUGGAGAUGUAACUAAACUUAUUGAUGAUAUGCAAGUGUUAAAGCCAACUAUUUUUAUAUCUGUCCCACGUCUUUUCGUUCGGAUUAUUGACAAAAUUGCUAUGAAUGUUCGCACUAAAUCAAGCUUUGCUCAAUAUAUGUUUCAAACAGCAACUAAUCAAAAACUCAAACGAUUGCAUACAUCAGCAGACACGCGUCACGCUUUUUGGGAUACUUUUAUUUUCAAAAAAACUGUACAACUGAUGGGAGGCAAUUUGCGUUUUAUGCUUGUUGGUGGAGCACCUAUUGAGUCAAAUGUUCGAGAUCUUGUUUCAGUUUAUUUUAGUGCUCCUUUACUUGAGGGAUACGGUUUAACUGAAUCGUUAGGUUCCUCUUUUGUAGCAUCGAUGGAUGAUCCUUUGUCUGGUCACGUCGGUUGUCCGGUUCCCGGCAUAGAAUUUUGUUUACUGAAUGCGGAAGAAAUGCGCUACACUGUGGAUUCGUUUCCACCGGCAGGCGAAAUUCUUUUACGAGGUCCUAUCAUUUUCAAAGGUUAUUAUAAAAAUGCGAAAGAAACACAAGCUGUUCUAGAUAGUGAUGGCUGGUUUCACACAAGUGACAUUGGAGUUCUUUUACCAAAUGGAGCUUUAAAAAUUAUUGAUCGCCGUAAAAACAUUUUUAAACUCUCACAAGGAGAAUACAUUAUACCUGAACGAAUUGAAGCGAUUCUUACUGGUAGUAGAUUUGUAUCCCAAAUUUUCGUAUAUGGCUAUUCAACAAAAAGUUUUAUUAUUGCUAUUAUCGUUCCCGAUACCGCGGCGGUGGAUGAAUGGCAAACAGCGCAGGGAGAUACAAAGCUUUCUAUGGAAGAUGCUUGCAAAACAAAAUCCUUGCAUUUAGCUGUCAAAAAUGAUUUAGAAAUCAUUGGUAAUAAAGGUGGACUCAAAGGUUUUGAAAAAAUAAAAAAAUUUUACCUACACCCGACUCAAUUUACAGUAGAAAAUGGUUUAUUAACUCCGACUCUUAAGUUUAAACGAAAUAUCAUCAAAGAUCAGUUUACUAGUAUAAUUGAUCAAUUAUACGAAGAACAAAAUUAAAAAGAAAUUAUUUUUUGAAAGUGGAUUUUGGUACGAUUUUUUUUUUGUCAUACUUAUUUGUUUAAUUUAUAUUUACACAAAGAGAUUUUUGUCUGGUUGUUAGAAUUUCGGUUUAUCCCAACAAUCAAUGUUUUUUUUUUUCCUAUUAUUUUUGAACCCCUUUGUAUAACUAUAAUAAAAGUAACGCAUCUUAGAAU